CAUAGCAUAGUUAAAUCAAGGCACGAUUGGGAUAAGCACGAUCCCCGAAUGUGGGCUAGGGCAUCUUCCCUCAGCAAUGAAGACCUUGUCGGGUUUGAUAUUAGGAAGGACUUGGUGGAAGUUCGCAGUGGACCAACUGCAUAUGGUCAGAUCCUCUUUGGGCGUAUCAGGAUCCCCGCAGUAAACGAUGAACUUGGAGAAGGAUUCGUUCACGUCAGGGUACACCAUUCUCCUGGAGAGGAGCAAGCGAACGUCACGUUCCAUUCUAUCCAAACUGAAGAGAGCUAUCAUCGCGCAAUUCACAAGAAGGAUGAUCCUUUCGAAUUCUUCAACGAGUGACUGAUGAAACCGCCCGUCGAUGCUGCGGAAGAACGAAUACAGCAGAGAGUGCGAUACCAGAGACUAAAUGUACAGUAGUAAAUAAAUCCAAGAGAGCGGGGAGUUGUGAGUUCGGGUGACUGUGUGAUUGAGCAGUGGGCAUGUCAUGACCCUCGAGGUUGGGAAGACGACGCAGUUGUGGAAGAAUUCGGGAAUGUUGUCGAGGAAGAAACAUUAGAAAGACCGAGAUUAGUCCAGUCAUCGCGUUCCAUUAGA